CAACAAUUCAUUACAUCCAGCCAGACCCUACAUUCUCUUGGAUCUGUUAGGAACACUUGUACUUGGGUCUGUUAUUUAUUCACUGUCUUUUUCUUCUCUGCUCAGGAGCAGUGGGUUUAGAAGGAGCUGACAGAAGGACUGCUACCAUGGCUGAUGGCAUAGGAACCACCUGUCUUAUGGUCAUUCUCAUCCUGGGGAAUAUAUUUGGAGCUGCAGCAGGUCUUGCCCUUUGCGCUCUGGCCAUCUGGGUUGCAGUAGAUGAUUACAAGCUCUACCCAAUAUCUAGUGUGUCGGGGAAAGAUGACAUCUUUGCCGGGGCCUGGAUUGCCAUUUUCACAGGCUUUGCCUUCUUCUGCAUGUGUGUCUUUGGUAUCUUGGCUGCUGCGAAGAAGAGCCGUGCCUUAAUGCUAACAUAUCUGAUCCUGAUGUUGAUCAUCUACAUAUUUGAGUGUGCCUCAUGUAUCACUGCAGUCACCCACAGAGAUUAUCUGGUUGGAAACAGUAAUCUGGUGAAGAAGCAGAUGCUGAAGUACUAUGCAGCCGACGGUGACUCUGGCAGUCGGAUCACACUGACAUGGAACAAAGUGAUGAAAGAGGUGGAGUGUUGUGGAACGGAUGGCCCAGCGGACUGGAUAGAGUACAACUCCACCUUCAGGGAGAAGUUUGGUACAGACUACCCCUGGCCCACCCACUGCUGCAAGAGGAAGAACAACUACGAGGUGGUGAAUGUAGAGGCCUGCAAGAACGGCCAGAACACCACCAUGUUCACUAAGGGCUGCUUCAACCACAUUGAGACUGUGUUCAGUCGAUAUACAUGGGCUAUCAGCUGGUAUGGUUUCGCUGUGCUAAUGUUUAUGUUCUGUCUGUUGAUCCUGGCCAUGGUGUACUACCUGAUUCUGUGAGAAGUCUGGAGGUGAUGUCUCUAACCCAUGUUUUUGACUUUCUGCUGAAGCCACACCAACCCUCACUUCAGCAACUACAGUGCAUUGCAAAGGUAUUCACACCCUUGGCGUUAUUUUGAUGAAUUACAACCUGUAAUUUAAAUAGAUUUUUAUUUGGAUUUCAUGUAA